UUGUCGGUCGGGGAACGUCGAUUAUCAAUUCGCCAAUGAACUCAAAACAAAUCGUUCUUGUUACACUGAUUACUGAUAAGAACGGAAAUUAUCGUAGAGUCUAGUGAUAAAUUUUAAAGUGCCGUGUUAUUUCACAUCAUCUCUUACGAAAAAGUAAUCCAGUAGCUUUUAGCUAGUACAUUAAAUUCACUCACGAAGUAUUUGUCCUUACUUUUCAUCUUUGACUUUUGACUAAACACAUCUUCUUUUCCAGUUUAAAACUUUGCUUUCGCAAAAGCAGAGAUGGAUGUAGAAGGAAAAUACAACAUCAAAAGCACUGGUGUGAAACGUCUGAUGCGUGAAUCCUCAGAAUUGAAGGAUAGAACGGAUGAGUACUAUGCUUACCCUCUUGAAGACAAUCUGUUUGAGUGGCAUUUCACCGUCCGUGGUCCUCCAGAUAGCGACUUUGAGGGAGGUCUUUACCAUGGAAGGAUUCUACUGCCAAUCGAAUACCCAAUGCAGCCUCCAAACAUAAUUCUGGUUACACCAAAUGGAAGGUUUGAAACAAACAAAAAAAUCUGCCUUAGUAUAUCAGGUCACCACCCAGAAACAUGGCAGCCAUCGUGGUCCAUUAGAACUGCUCUGUUAGCUAUAAUUGCAUUCAUGCCCACUCCCGGUAACGGAACAAUAGGUUCACUCGAUUAUACAAAAGCAGAAAGGCAACGUCUCGCCCGCAAAUCUCACAGUUGGGAAUGUCCAGAGUGUGGUAAAUUAAGUGACCUUCUCCCUCCCAUAAAUUCACCAAAGGCUCCACAAGCAAGUAGUGUUACCAAAUGUGAGAAGACAUCCUCAAAUGAAGAAAUACCGGAAAGCAGUAAUGGAAAAAUUGCACAAGAAAAUCCCCAAAAUGCCUCAUUGCUUGUGGACACACCUGCCGAGGUUAUUGCAAACAUAACUACCAACGCAAGGGUACCAUCACCUUGCAUCAACAGUUUAAACAAUAACUUUCAAUCUGCAACAUCCAGCACUCAUCUUUCUAGUUUUUUAAAUGUUGCCAUGGCUGUGUGUAUUCUAAUAAUAGCAUUCCUAAUUUACCGCAGGUUGUUUUUAGUAUGAGUAGUUGUUCACUGUAAUAUUUUCUGCUUCUCUCAUUCGACCCUUAGUCUUUGAUCGAAGGCCUUGCGACUCAACUUUUCAAGAUAUGAUGCAUGCUCUCGUCAGAAAUGAAGGAAAUUAUCAUGCCUUGUGAUGGGUUCUGGAAAAAUAAUUUUCACUUCCAAGAGGCUAAUUCAAUUUAUUGCUACUUUAAUGUCAGAUAGAAAUUACGCCCGGGCUGCUUUUAGCAUAAAUGCCCACAAAUUUGAGGCAGUGACAACAUAGUAGGCACAGGGGUGGGGAUAAUAUCCAAAAUUGUAACUUGCAGGUGAUGGAAAAAGUGAGGCAUAGUCAGAAGUUUGUAGAAACAACCAAAAAAUGAUAGUUUUGCAUUUAAAUCUCGGACAUCUAACAUCUUGGCAUAAAGUUUUAGAAAAACGGGAAUUGUAGUAAAAAUGUUGAGGAAAUUGAGGACUUAGCUGUGAACAUGAAGUACCAAAUAAUUAUAAGCGGCUGACAUCUUGCAAAUCUCUGCAUCCUCAAGAUGCUGUUUCGAGAAUUAAGUUGGUGUCUGCAAAAAAACUGGUUUUAAUUUGUGCAAAAUCUCUUUCUCACCAGUAGUCUGUUGUUGGAAAGAACCAGUUUUACUGUGUAGUAAUAGAUUGUAGAAUUUUGACUUACAGUGUUCAUUUGUUGAUGUUUUACAAAUUAUUCAACAAAGGAAAUUGAAAGUUAUAACUUCUUCCCCAUUAUUUGUCCUUGUUUUUCUAAAAAGAUUGCCGUGGAAGUGAACGACAGUUUUUCCAGAGCACGUCUUUUUUCGUGUCUCUGUCAUUUUGUUCGUUGGAAUGAUGAAUUAGUUUUCCCGUUACUUCAAAUAAAUUUUCGAGACAUGAGCCAAAUGGUAUCCAUGAGGCACUUGUACGGUUGCAACUUUCACAGAGUUGGAAAGAGAAUUUUUCUAAAGGCGCACCUGUAGAUUCUGAGCAAUUAAAGAGACCACCAAGUUAAAAAGUAAUCAAAGGUCUCUUAUCAUGAACAAUGAUCACAACCGUCUUACAGCUCAGCUUGGAUUAGAAUAAGUAGUGUAUGAACUACGUGUUCGCACAAAUGACCCACACCAUUUUGAAAAUCUCUUUAAUUUUAAUUUCACUGAAAAGGUUGAUCAAAAGUUUUAACAAAAUCUUUAUAAUUCGAUAGAAAUGGAUAAACUGUGGUCCCCUUGGUGCCUAAAUCAUACUUUUGAAAGUGGUCUGGUCGGCCUUAGCAACUCUAUAUUUUGAAGGUGUGCAGAAAAUUCACUCAUUUCUAGGAAAACAAUUUCCUUUAAUUUGAACUCUUAAUAACCAUUCAUGACCUUAAUAAUUUGAAAAAACCCCUGGGCUCCUCGAAUUUAGAAAUAUUGUGAGUCGGUUGCAUGUUUCAAGACCAGAUGUAUAAAAUAUUGUUGGAUUCUCAAUGUUUUUGAAUCUUACAAUGCCCUCUGUCUUCAACAUUCCUCAUUCCACCAAGGAAAAUUGCUCUGUGACACAUUUUCUUUUUUACGAAAACAAACGUAGUUAUAAAUAGCAAUCACAUUAGUGUCAGUUGUAAGAAUAGCUGUUAAGGCACAAACUGUUUUUUACUUCAUUAAUUGAUUUUGUUAUUGUAACUAUUUAGAAUUAAUUUCCGAAGUAUUUUUACUGAAGGUUUUUACUUGUAUCUUAGAGAACUUCUUAAAACUUUGUUCAUUCAAACAAGUUAAGGCACUUUGUUUGACACAGAAAAAACAGGGUAAUUUUUCUUCUCUGUUUCAUAUCAAACAUACGUUUUGUUUUUCAUAUCGAUUAGACUGCUGUCACAGGAAACAAAGCCUCAUUCAGUAGAAGUAUUCGCAGGUUCACAGAUUUUUUUUUGUUUGGAAAAAAAAAAAAAAAAAAAACCAUUACAAAAGGUUGAAAUUUGGCAUGGAGGUUGCCCAGGCGAAAAUGAGGACACAUAUUUUGUUAGCUAAAUUUUGGAAAUUUCAAGGGUACUUUCUGCACCAUAUUUCACAGUUACCUUGCGGGUAAACUUUGUCACCUUUACAUAUUUGAUCUCUAAAAAAUAGGUGUUCAAGACAUUGUGAGGGCUUAUUUUAUGUCUGAUCUUGAAUUUUUCAUCUGUAAUUUAGAAUAGUGGACUAAAAGUUCAUUUUUCUCUUUAAAUUUUCAAACUUCUUGUAUCAAUUAGAUUCACUCUUGCCAUCUUGCGAUGUACAAUACUCCCUGCUGGUAAAAGCCGCACCAAAUAAGUUUACGUACUUUUUGAGUAAGGUAAACGAUCUGCCGUCUUGAUUCUUGCAUUUCCUUUCAAUGCUCAACUGAUGAUAGCUGAUCUUCUGUCUCUAAAAGUGCAUUAAUAUGUUUGCAUGAACUCCAUGGCACUGUACCGUUUUGCUGUGAUUUUCAUAACUUUUGUAUGUUUUCAUGAAAAGUUACUUUAUAGUAUUAUCUUCCUAAAUUUCCAAACGAAGAAUAAAUCAGGGAAUUGUUUUGCACCAAGAAAGGAGAGACAUAUCGACAGUGUAAGUCGACAAUCACAUAACUCGUUUGCGGUGUCUGAAAAUCUCCGCCUCUAUGUUAUUUUUUUAAAAGAGAACAAAUUGACAUCAUUCCUUGAAGUUCAUGCAAAAUUUUCUUCAUGCAGAGAAGAAAAAUCACGGAAGUUUUAAAGAAUUGCCGUUGAGUAGUUUUCCCUUUAAAAAAUGAAGUAUGACAAGAAUCCGCGACGUUGCAAACCGAGAUAUGUGAUUGCCGACUUACUCCGUCGAUAUAGGUUAGGAGAACAUGUUCCAGGUUUAAAUUCCUUUUCUUGCAUACUCAUUCAUUGAUGAAACUUGCUUGGAAAAUGAAACUUCGUAUUCAAGAGACUGUUUGGAUGGACAAUAGUGGAAAGUUUGAUACUUGCUACAAAAAGUGCAAAAACACCUUUGAUAUAAUUGAGAGCAGUUUUGGUGAGUUAUGCACCAUAUCCAUCAAAGUUCACUAUUUUUCGAAAUUUUAAGUUCGUUUGGGAGAUGGGAGAGUGAUAAACGCGCAUCAACAAGAGUGAUACGGCAAAAUUUAAGGAGCAUUUUACAAAAAAAUCACGUCAUUUGUCCAUUAAUUUUUUUCCAAGCUAACUAAUUUUGAGAGAGACAGAUAGGGAGAAUGAACUGUUGACCACUUCACAAUCCGUCAAAAAAUUUUAUCAUAAAUUUCAUCUUUAUGUUAAGGUGGAUCUUUAGCUUUUGCGCAAUGCAUCCUGGGUAAAAUCUGUAUGCUCGUGCCAAAUUUUAACCAUUAGGUGAACUAUUCUGGAAAAAUCUAAAUUUCAGUCUGCAGAUAAAUCAUUGAAGAAUGUUCGUACCGAAAAUCACCCUCCAAAAUCUCAAAAUGAAGUCAAAAGUACUGUUUCCAAUUAACCAUCGAUAUUGAUACAUUGAAAUUGGUUGCAAAAUGGAAACAGUACUUUUGACUUAAAAUCAAGAUUUCGGAAGAUGAUUUUCAGCAGGAACAUUCUUCUAUGAUUUAUCUACAGACUGAAAUUUAGAUUUUCUCCAAAUACUUCACCCUAAGGUUAAAAUUUGAGGUAUAUAAAUCGUACCUAGAAUGCAUCGUGCAAAAGCUGAAGAUCCACCUUAAUCUAAUACUUCUUUUCCUAUUGUCAGCUGGCACAGCGCAUAAUUAAUAUUGAGUGAAUUAAGCUUUUUUCAGAGGAAACUUGCUCAAUGUUCCAGUUGACUUUUUUCUCCUGUUAAGAAAGUUAUCAAUUGAUAUGAAUCACGUUUGUUUUUGUUUUUUUUUAUUUACAAUUAAUGAGAUGAUCAUUGAUCACUACCAAUUUUGUCAGUAACUUUAAGUUUUUCAAUUUCAUCUUAUUUUUCAAUUUUAGAUGAACUUACUGAUUCUGUAUACUGAAUGUUUUUUUUCUUCUUGCAAGUUGCUGCAAUAUUGUUCGAAUAUUAAUGUUAUCAGACCAA